AUGGAUUUCAGUGGAAUCAAAUUUAGUGACUUUAAGUCCAGGAUAGAGAGCAUCAAAUAUCCGUACCUGAUUGACUGGAAUGGGCUCAAGAUUAUACCACAGCUGUUCAGAAGGAAAGCCAAAAUUGGGGUCUUCACAAUCGAUGAACAGUUUGAUGAGCUACACAGAACUUUGGGGAUAGUGGAGGCUAGUAUCAAAAACUUAAUUAAGUACAGUGACAUGUACACAGCCAACGUUACUUUGCAAUUAAAACUGGCCAAAGAAAUUGGUGACUUGUUUUCUUCACUUUGUGAUCCAUACAUUAGCUUUGAUCAACAAACAAGAAAUGAAGUUAAAGACAUGUCUUUGGACAAAAUUGUCAACCGGUUGUUCACUUCAGAAGAUCAGACCAAAGAAUUCAUGUCCCAAUGCUUCCACUUUAAAGUCACUGAAAGCUUUAUUGUUAAAGUUCAAGAGCUUAUUGAAGUUGUAGGUGAUCCAACUGAAGUCUCCAAGACAAUCACUAGCAAGUGCCAAGUUUGUUUGUUCCUAUUAGAGAACAUCAAGAGAUUUGUCAGGAAAAGAAACCAUGCUUUGGAUAAUUACGAUUAUGUGGUCAGCCAGAUUGAAUUGUUGUUGAAAAAGAGCAAGGAAAAGUUCCAGGAGCUCAGUGUCAAGGAAUCACAGAAACUUUUUAAUUUGCAAAGAAGACUAGAAGUUCUAAGACUGGAGUAUGAUACCAUCAACACCCUCCUCUUGAAAGAACUUCCUAGUUUCUUUCACAUGGUGGACCUGCUUUUAAGUCCCAUAAAGUACUUAUUGUACUACAACCAGUUGAUUUUCAAUUAUCAAACCAUAUCAAAAAUGUUAGAGUUUCAAGAAAAGUCCAGAAUCGCUCUUCAAUGGGAUUUGGACUCCAUCGAUAUAACAGAAUUUCAGCAGAGAAUCGAAAGUCUCUCUCUUCUACAAACCACACGAUCAGUCUCAAAUAUGGAAAUAUUUGAAGACUCUCCCAAAAAGUAG